UAUGAAUGCAUAAACAGUAUCAUAUUCUCGAUUAACCAUUCCAGUCCAUUCCCAAAUCCUCUGAAUCGGAACCCUAACCCUAACCGUGAAACACCAAAUUCGAACUUCAACAACCAUGGUAUGCAUAAGAAAAGCCACCGUUAACGACCUACUCGCGAUGCAAGCGUGUAACCUCUUCUGUCUACCGGAAAAUUACCAGAUGAAGUAUUAUCUUUAUCAUAUCCUCUCUUGGCCGCAACUUCUUUACGUCGCAGAAGAUUACAAUGGACGUAUCGUCGGUUACGUUCUCGCUAAGAUGGAAGAGGAAACGAAUGAGUGUCAUGGUCAUAUCACUUCUCUUGCUGUUCUUCGUACUCAUAGGAAACUUGGUAUUGCUACUAAGCUUAUGACCGCAGCACAGAAUGCUAUGGAACAGGUGUUUGGUGCCGAGUACGUGUCACUACAUGUCAGGAAGAGCAACCGUGCAGCUUUUAAUUUGUACACUGAGACCUUGGGGUACAAGAUUCAUGAUGUGGAGGCCAAGUAUUAUGCUGAUGGGGAGGAUGCUUACGAUAUGAGGAAGCAACUCAAAGGGAAACAGUUGCAUCCACCACAGCAUCACCACCAUCACCAUCACCAUGGCGGCGGCUGUUGUUCUGGGGAAACCAAGGGGAAUGCAAAAGCCACCUGAUUGCGAGAGCAAUUUCCCCCCAAUUUUUUGCCUGUUUCUUGAUGUCAUUGUUGUGAAAACAAUUGGAACUUUGUUUACUUGUUUUAUAUUGACAAGAUGGUAAUAUGUGUCCGAAUAAUGCUUUGUUACUUGUUGUAGGCUCAUUUUGUUGUGUUCACUAUUUUGUCUUUUUACAAUGUGGAUUUUUACUUCUCUUUUUUGAAUGAAUGCACUCGUUUGUGGUUCAUGCCA